AUGAGUGCAAAGACGGAGGCAAAAAAUAAUCUAACUUUAAUAGGAAGAGAGAUAACUCAAUGGGAGGAAGAAAUUACCAAAAAGGAGGAGGUAAUAGCGAAAAAAGAGAGGGAUAUUGCUGAGAAACAAAAAGAUUUGGAUUUCAGGGCUGAAAAGAAAGCGCAAGAAUACAUCUCGAAGGUAUUGCCCGCUAUGUUACAAGAACAAAGAACACUUCUUUCUGGUAGACCAUGGCCACCAGUAGAAGAGGGAGGAGUACCGAGAGCGUCAGAGCCAGAGGCGAGAGUUGUGAGAGCGAGUAGGCCACGGCGAGGCCCUAGAUAA